AUGCCUUCCAUUAAACUUACCUACUUCAACGGCCCCGGCAGAGCUGAACUUAUCCGUCUUAUCUUUGCACAAGGUGGCGUAGAUUUUACGGAUGAAAGAAUUGAAGGAAAAGACUGGCCAGAACUUAAAUCAUGCUUGGCCGGAAAAACUAGCCUCGAACAAGCUUUAGCAGAUGAAAUCGUUGAUUUUUUGCAAGCUGAUCUUCAGGAAAAGAUGAUCAAGUUCCUUUUCGUUGAGAAAGAUGAAGAUAAAAAAGCAGAACUGAAAAAGAAAUUUGUUGAAGAAGAAGCUCCAAAAGGUUUAGGAUUUUUGGAAAAACGUCUAGAACAGGCCGGUGGUGAAUACUUUACUGGCAGUUUGACAUAUGCCGACAUUGGCUUUUACCGAUUUGUUAAGUUUACGGAAAAUAUCCUUAAUGGAGAAGAAAUGGCAACGCAAUUCCCGAAAUUAGCUGCAUUGUAUGAUCGUGUUGCAAAUCUCCCCAAUAUCAAGAAGUACGCAGAAGAGCACAAAUCUUAA